CAAGGAUGACAAGAACCUUGAGAAAGGGAAAAAAAUCAGCAAGGAGCUCAUUCAAGCCAUUGAAGAAUCACAAGUCCAUGUCAUUGUUUUCUCCAAGAACUACGCAUCUUCGUCUUGGUGUUUGGACGAACUUGUCAUGAUUACGGAGUGCCAAAAGAGGCAGACUGAGCAGACCCUUUACCCCAUCUUCUAUGAUGUGGAACCGACUGAAGUCCGUAAACAAAGUGGGGCAUUUGGAGAAGCCUUUGCCAAAUGUAGAAAAGAAGAGUCUGAAGGGAAAUGGAGAAAGGCUCUACAAGAUGCAGCAUCAUUCAGUGGGAGGGACUUGAGGACCACUGCAGAUGGGCAUGAAGUUGAAUUUAUCAAACUAGUUGUUAAGGAUAUCUCAUCCAAGCUACCUGUCGUCAGCGCUGAUGGCAAUUUAAUAGGCAUGAGGACUAGGAUAAAUGGUGUGGUUUCAUCUUUAAACGCAUUUCCCUAUGAGUUAAGCAUGAUAGGAAUCGUGGGGAUGGGAGGUGGUGGGAAGACAACUUUGGCCAGAGCUGUUUUUGAUCAAAUACGCAAUGAGUUCGAAGGUAGCAGCUUUGUGGAGAAUGUCCGGGAGCGUUCAAAUUCUCUUCAAUUAGGUUUGAAAUCGUUGCAACAACAAGUCCUUAUAGAUGUGUUGAAAAAGCAAGACAUUGUUGUACAUGGGGUUCUUGAAGGGAAAAUGGAGAUGAAAAAGAAGAUGGGUGGUAUAAAGGCUCUUGUUGUUCUAGAUGACGUAGAUGAUAUAGAGCAGCUCAAGGCGUUAGCCGGUGAACCUAAUUGGUUUAAGCCGGGAAGUAAAAUUAUCAUUACAACAAGAGACAAGCAAGUAUUGGUAGCACACAAAGUAGCGAACUCCAAUAUUCACGAUGUCAAUCUAUUAACAGAUGACGAAGCAAUUUGCCUCUUGAGUAGGCGUGCAUUUGGGAAAGAGAGUCCAUAUCCUGGGUACGAAGAGCUAUCAAGAAACGUUGCAGGUUAUGCUGCUGGUCUCCCUUUAACAAUCACAGUUUUGGGUUCGUUUCUCUGUGAUGCAAACGAGGAUGUAUGGAUAGAUACCCUCGCAAGACUUGAAAAAAUUCCAUUGCAUGAAACUCUACAAAAGCUGGAGUUAAGCUAUAUGGGUCUUGAUACCGAUUGCAAGGAAAUAUUCCUAGAUGUUGCAUGCCUAUUGAAACGGUGGAUGAAAGAAGAAGCAAUCAUAGCGCUUGAAAGCCGUGGAUUUCAUGCUAUACACGGUUUGACUGUUCUUCAGAACAGAUCUCUUGUAACUAUUUCUAAAGAUGGGCGCUUGAUGAUGCAUGACCAUAUAGAAGAAAUGGGGAGAUACAUUGUUCGUCGUUCGAACCUUAAUGAGCCUGCAAGACAUUCCCGAUUGUGGAUUACGGACGAAAUUGAAGAUAUCUUGGUUAACGAUUUGGGGACUGAAGCAACAUGUAUAAAGAUGCAGGUGGGAAAAGUCAAUAAAAUACCUAUUACGAAAGGCCUUAGAAAGAUGGAGAAACUUAGAUUUCUUUACGUGAGCAACUGUCCUUCGGAAGUUGAUGAAGAUGAGCAAUACUUACCGGAUUCUUUGCAAUAUUUAAAGUCGGAUUUUUUUCCCCAUUUACGUGUUUUACCGAAAGCAUUUCAAGGAAGUAAUCUUGUUGCUCUUGAAACUAAUCUCAUGGAACAACUUUGGAAAGGGGGAGAGAGAAAGGUUCUUCCCAAACUCCGAUUCCUUACGCUCCGUAGGUCAUUUUUUACGACCUUUGACCUUGGGCUAACUCCAAAUCUUGAGAUAUUAAAUCUUGAACAUAGUCGUUAUUUGGUAGAAUUUCACAUGCCUCUUCCAUGCCCAAAACUCAAAUCCCUCAACCUCAAUGGUUCAAAGUUGAGUACCCUUGACCUUAGGUUGGUCACGAAUAUCGAGACAUUGAAUCUUAUGGAAUGUUCAGAUUUGGUAGAACUUCACAUUCCAUUUGAAUGUCCACAACUCAAAUUCCUCAAUGUGAGUAGUCCAAAAUUGAGGUCCCUUGACGUUAUGUUGGUUCCGAAUAUCGAGACAUUGAAUCUUAAUGGAUGUUGUGAUUUGGUAGAAAUUGUCAUGCCAUGUAAAUGUCCACAACUCACAUCCCUUAACCUGAGUGGUUCAAAGUUGAGGUCCCUUGACCUUAGGUUGGUUCCGAAUAUCGAGACACUGAAUCUUCAUGGAUGUAAGGAUUUGGUAGAACUUCACAUCAACCGUGAAUGUCCACAUCUCAAAUCCCUCGACUUGAGUUGUCCACCUUCUUUGAGGUCCCUUAACCUCGGACCAACUUCGGAUUUCGAGAUAUUGAAAUUAGAAGAAUGUGAUUAUUUGAACUUCACAUCCCCAUUGGAGACGUAA